AUGCCCAUCAGUAACCCUAGGAAACGGCCCAUCUGUGUCGCCCGUUCGUUUCUGAGGAGCCACGCCCACGCCCACGCCCACGCCACGAAAGGAGACCUCUCUCAGGCGGUGUCUCGUCUCGAGUCCUUAACACAGCAAGGGAUUCGCUUACCCUUCGAAGUCCUAGCUUCGCUGCUUCAGCAGUGCGGAGACACGAGGUCUCUGAAACAAGGCAGAUGGAUUCAUCGUCACUUGAAGAUUACUGGAUUCAAGCGACCCAACACGCUCUUGUCGAAUCAUUUGAUCGGAAUGUACAUGAAAUGCGGUAAACCCAUCGACGCGUGUAGAGUGUUUGAUACAAUGCAUUUCAGGAACUUGUAUUCGUGGAACAAUAUGAUCUCUGGCUAUGUCAAAUCAGGGAUGCUGCUGCGUGCACGCUUCAUGUUCGAUACUAUGCCCGAGCGGGAUGUCGUCUCCUGGAACACGAUGGUCAUUGGCUACGCUCAGAAUGGGAGUCUCCGCGAAGCCCUGUGGUUCUAUAGAGAGCUGAGGAGAUCCGGAAUCAAGUACAACGAGUUCAGCUUCGCAGGGAUCUUGACGGCGUGUGUGAAAUCGAAGGAGCUCCAGCUCAAUCGGCAAGCUCACGGGCAGGUUCUGGUUGCUGGGUUUCUGUCAAAUGUGGUGCUUUCGUGUUCUAUCAUCGAUGCUUAUGCAAAAUGUGGUCAGAUGGAGUGCGCUAGAAGAUGUUUUGAUGAGAUGGCAGUGAAGGAUAUUCAUAUUUGGACCACUCUCAUCUCCGGAUACGCCAAACUGGGCGAUAUGGAAGCAGCUGACAAGUUAUUCAGUGAGAUGCCAGAGAAGAAUCCAGUUUCUUGGACCGCAUUAAUUGCUGGAUAUGUUAGACAAGGUUCAGGGGACCAAGCCCUUGACUUGUUCAGAAAAAUGAUUGCUUUGAGGGUUAAACCAGAGCAGUUUACUUUCAGCAGCUGCCUCUGUGCCUCUGCCACCAUUGCAUCUCUUAUACACGGGAGGCAGAUUCAUGGCUACAUGGUCCGUACGAAUGUUAGUCCCAAUCCUAUUGUUAUCAGUUCUUUGAUCGAUAUGUACUCAAAAUCAGGGAGUUUACAAGCCAGCGAGCGGGUUUUCAGUAUUUGCGGUGACAAGCGAGACUGCGUUCUGUGGAACACGAUGAUUUCUGCAUUGGCGCAGCACGGGCUUGGCCACAAGGCCUUGCGCAUGCUUGAUGACAUGAUCAAAACCAGAGUCCAGCCAAACAGGACGACUCUGGUUGUGAUUCUCAAUGCGUGCAGUCACUCGGGUCUGGUAAAGGAAGGAGUGAGGUGGUUUGAGUCAAUGACUGUUGAGCACGGGAUCGUUCCCGACCAAGAACAUUACGCAUGUCUGAUAGAUCUCCUAGGUCGUGCCGGUUGUUUUAAAGAAUUGAUGAGCAGGAUCGAGGCAAUGCCUUUUAAACCGGACGAGCAUAUCUGGAAUGCAAUCCUAGGAGUAUCCAGAAUCCAUGGAAAUGUAGAACUGGGAAAGAAAGCGGCGGAAGAGCUGAUCAAACUGGAUCCUGAGUCAUCUGCGCCAUACAUAUUGCUAUCGAGCAUUUACGCAGAUCAUGGGAAGUGGGAAUCAGUGGAGGAGCUGAGAGGGGUUAUGAAGAAGAGAAGCGUGAAUAAAGAGAAAGCUGUUAGUUGGAUUGAAAUCGACAAGAAAGUUGAAACUUUCACAGUCUCAGACGGGUCGCAUCCUCGUAAAGAAGAGAUAUACUCAGUUUUGCAUAAUCUGGCUGCGCUAAUGGAAGAAGAAGCUUCAAGAACAUGA